AUGGACAAUCUUCCCAACGAACUGCUUCUCGAGAUCUUCAAUCACCUAAGCUCCGAGGACAAAUCUGAUAUCCUAUCCGUCAGUGUCGUUAAUCGCCGGUUUCAUGGCCUUGCAAACGACGUCCUCUACAAUAGCUACUCACUAGCUCAAGGAGAUGCAGCACUUUUCAUCUCUGCUAUUGCAUCGAAACCUCAACUUGCAAAGUGUGUUCGGCAGGUCAAUUGGGAUUGCCGGCCCAGAAGCAACUUUGCCCUGGUCAUUAAUGACGCCUUUUUCUUUCUCCGACCCUUUUCGGCCGCAGAAGGUCGUCAUAUCAAGGAAACACUGGGUAUACGGGGCUCGCUUUACACGGAAGAUUUGAAUAGGCGUUGCCAUGAACUUGGACCCGAAUCAUAUCUUUACACGUUCUUGUCAUUUACCCCUAGAGUAAGCACACUCAAUGUGGUCGCACCCUCGCAGUGGGAUCGUCAUAAGAUAUGGUUCAAGCCAGCCCUCGAUUCUCAAAUGUUCGCCCAUUUACACACAGCAAGCAUAAUUGGCCCAAUGCGUAUCCACAGUGUUCUCCCGUUGUUCCUGGUUCCCUCGUUGCGAACUUUAACCUUGAAUGAUGUGGUAUCUCAUCGCAAUCAUGCCAGAGCAGGUGCGCAGGACGAAUGGAGCACAAACAGCGAGGUUUAUGAACGAUUAGAAAGAGAAGGAUCCUGGAUCAAGAACUUUUAUUUGACAAACUGCAACGAACCCGUCUCUACGAUUGACAGAAUAAUGGGGAUAUUCAGAAACCUCCAAAUAUUGGAAAUUGAGCAAUACGGGGGCGUCAGUUGGCAUUACCCAGAACUGGAUCUGCAGAAGCUGUUGCAAUCUUUUGGGCAGCAGCGUAAAUCACUUACAUCGCUCUCCGUUGCUACCAGCAAUGUAGCACUGGACCCAUGCGCUUUGGAGUGGCUGCAAGUUCUCACACACGUCGAGAGCCUCUCGCUCAACCUGUCAGCCGAAACCAGAGAGGAAGAUGAAAACAUCAGCAACAAGAUAUCAUCAGGCUUUUCGGACUGGCUGCCUAGGAACCUCAAACACCUCCGUCUCAUCGUCAACGACCUUUCAUUGCUUGGAAGGGAUAGUCUAUCCACAGGACCCUCAGAAGAUACUGUAGACGCAUUAUUUGCCUUUUCAAAGAAUGUAAAGGAGGUUUUACCUGACUUGCGCACGCUGGCUGUGGAUGAGUGGGAUGAGAUGCUGGGCACGUUUGCAUGCCAGACUGAUUUUAAGCUGCUGCAGCAAGAAUUUGCGCGCAAGGGGGUGCAUCUGCUGGCGAGACCAAGGAUCGCAGAUGGACCGUAUUUGUCCGAUUCGGAAGAUGUAGAGGAGGGGUGGGUUUGGGUGACGUGGAUGGCACUUGAGGCGUAG